GUGGUCAUGCACAAAGAUAAAGACGAUGUUCUUCAUCGACCACGUGAUCUCACGGCCUUCGAUCAUACUCCAUUGGAUGGGGAAAUGUUUCUUCAGGCCCUAAAUGGUUUCCUUAUUAUUUUAACUUGUGAUGGAGAGGUUUUUUUCGCAACGCAUAGCAUAGAAGGUUAUUUAGGAUUUCACCAGUCGGACAUAGUCCACCAAUCAGUUUACGAAUUGGUCCACUCUGAAGACAGGGAGGAGCUGCAAAGGCAGUUGAUGUGGAAUUCGUUUCUUCCGCCUGAGUCAGCCAACAUGGGUCUUCAGGACGUUCUUUUGCCAG